AUGAGCACAACUAAUACUAUUCUAUUGCUUUUGGUUGUUGUUGUACAGCAAUUGUUUUCACAAACCUCACGUUCGUUUAUUAUGUCGAUACAGGCCGAUUGGCAAUUUCAAUGUGAAAAUACUACUUGUGUACCAUUGGCAACGAUUGCAGCUUCGUAUAUUCAAUAUUGUCGAAUAAACUGCUUAGCUCGUAGUAAUUGUCAAGCAGCGACAUUCCAGAAUUCGACAGGCACUUGUAAAUUGUUUACAGGUAUAGAAAGCCAAUACAAUAACCUGAUCACAAAUGUGGAUGCUGUGACAAUGAUUGUCAUGGCUAAUACACGCAUACCUACGGAAUCAACAACCACACUCACAAGUAGUUCAACUACCACUAGUACUACAACCACAUCAACAAGGACGACGUCGACAAGUACUACUAGUACUACAACCAUUCCCUACAGUCCGUGCUCUCGAAGUUUUUGUUGUACAACUGGAUAUUCCCAGCCAUGUGCUCUCAACGGUUAUGCCUGCAAUUGUACUGCUCUUUCUGGUCAAGAAGCCAGUAUUAUUUGUCCUAGAUGUGUCGGUCAAGGCCCUUCUGAUUAUAUGGGCAGUGGUUCCUGCUAUUAUAAUGCUUAUUAUUAUUCUACCUGUUGA